AUGUUGUAAUAUUAUACGCAGAUGAUGAGCUAAUCAAUAUAGCAAUAAAUAAUUUCUUCAAAACUUAUUACAUGAAAAGUGCGAAUAUGUACACACGUACAUGAAGUAUAUGUAUGUAUGUAUGCAUAUGUGUGCUGCGGGGCCAAUUCAUGUUUAUACAAAUUUAGCGAAUUUCAAGUCCUUAAGAAAUGGAACUAGUUAAAAUGAAACCAAGGUACUCAAGAGCAGAUCUACUAGCUCUUCAAUUUGAAGGAUGCGCCAGGCUUCGUCCAAGUUGUUCCAGCCGUAUUGAUCUUCAAAGACUCAGUUUUUGGAGAGUAAGUACAUCAUCCAUUUUGGGGAGUAGCGAGAGUUGCGUCAACAAUAACAAUAACAGCAGGAACAGCAGCUAUGCAAAUAAAACCGGCUUAUCGCCUGAAAGGGAUAUUUCAAGUUUAACUGGCUCUAAUGGCUUGCUAAGCUCACGAAGAGCACUACGAAAUCGUGAACGAGCCCACAACUAUUAUCAGCGAUUUACUCCAGGGGAUCAGGGACUGAUCGGAGGAGAUGAUGGACAGUCUGAUAGAUUAAGUCAAAGCUCAGUUUCUAAUCUUACUUAUAAUAAGUUGCCGUCUGCCAUUGAUCAUAGAAGCAUUUCUUCAUCACAUUUAAUGCCAGCGUUUGCAAAGCGUCGCUUUGCUAUUGAUUCUGGCACAAAUGGUAAGCAGCUCAAUGAUGAAAAGUCGAAUGCAACUAAUCAUUUUGACACAUUGAUGAAUCUAAAUGUUACGGAAUUAAAUCCAAACGGCUCAAGUCCCACACAUGAAGAAGUAAAUUCUGACCAUAGAAAUCAGAUUCGAUACGCUGAUAAUUGUAUGAGUCCUAACAGCAAAGGGGUAGGACAUGCGGAGUGGAAUCGUUGUGAAAAACGUCCAAUCGCUCAGGACACUCAAGAUGAACGAUCCUUGACAUCAUCACCAACAUCGUUAUUAAUGUCUGGUUGCGGUCGCCAUAGCGGCAGUGGCCUUAACGUACAGGAAAGACGUAUAGGCAGUGGCCGUUUAUUACCAAGGAAUGAUGAUUGGGAAUAUAAAAAACAGGAUGGCGAACCCGAAAAAGAAAGAUCCCUAAACGGCGUGGGUCUUAACCAACAGCGAAAUCGUCAACGCAGAUUGAUCGAAAAUCGAGAAAACAUCGACCGUGACCGAGACCUAAGCAAUGGAAAAAAGACUGUCCAUGGGGGACGUAAAUCAUCGAACAAAGACAAAUUUAACUUUAACGAUUCCGGCAUUCAAAAUCGCGGAAAGAGAGCAAACGCUUAUCAUAUGCACGAUAGAUAUGAGCCGGAAUGGUUUAGCGCUGGUCCAACUUCGCAAAAUGAUACUAUUGACUUGCACGGAUUCGAUGACUUGGAGGAUAAGGAUCUAGAUCGUGAUCAUGAACCCGACUCGGAUUCAAAAACCAUAGCAGCCGAAAACAAAAGCCAAUCAAAUGCGUCAAAAAGUAGUAGCGUUGCCAGCCUAAAUUUAAUUGAUGGUAAUUGUGACAGAAAAAGUUCAUAUAAACAAAACACCCAACACAGCACGAUGUGCCCCUCAUCAUCAAAGCAUUCUCACAUAAACGCCUUGAAACUAGAAGAUGGCUUCAACUUUGAUGCUUUUCUUAACAUGGAUCCGAUGGAUCAUUCACUGAUGCGCAAUGAUAGCGUGGUUAAAGGCGAAACCUCUGGCACAUCGCGAUUCAGUCAAUGGUUUGCCCCCAAUGAGACAUUAAAUAAUAACCAAUUUGAAUCUUUAGCAGAAACUGUAUCACCGGAUAUACACGGAAUGCCCAGCGUAAUAGAUUUGGAAGCAAGAAUGACUAAAGUGGAUUUGCGGUCGGAGUUAUCUGUGACAAAUUUACAACAGUCUGGAGGAAGGGCAGAGAAUUCAGAGCAGCUGGAGAAGCCAGUCACCAGAGAUACAGAGGCGUUUAAGAGGCUUCUGCAACAACUGGGCUCUCAGCAGAAUCAGCAGGGUAGUAUUCAGCAGCCACAACAGCAUAUAGUGGCAAAUUGCAAUCUUCAACCUACUCCAUCUGGCGAGCACUGUUCUAGUUUACAUGAAUCACGAGACCAUCUAGUUGGACAAACUGCACAAAAACACCAUAUUAGAGAAGAUGGUGUACUUGGCUUGGAUAUUCAACAACGGUCCAAGCCUGCGGAAUUGAUACCUUCGACGAUGGCUCAAAACCAGUUACAUAUGGCUAUGACACAAGGGGCUUGCGUCCAAGAGUCGAAUAUGCCAGCACUGUUAAAAUUGCAGGCACAUAAGCGAAUGGAAAUACAUCAUUUGUUGCAAGGUGUUGCCCGAGGGGAUGUGUCCACGGAGCUGCUGGAAAAAGAAAUGAAUAGUCCGAAUACAUCUUUGCAAACGAGGGAAAUCAUUGGUGCAGUAUUAUAUGAAUGUUCUACUCCUGAGCGAAACUCAUCACAACAAAGACUAAGCUAUACCAAUGAUUUAAUAAGUCAUCAUAGUCAGUUCGUCAUCCAUUCACCCCUAACAAAAAGUUUGGCUUCCAAUGAAGAAUUAUUUACACCAAGCAUUCCAUGUCACGACGUCAAUCACCACACGCAAAAGCAACAACAACUACGACAUAGUAACUCUCCAACUCAUUUGGCGUUUACGCCAACAUCUGUGUUAAGAAAAAUGACAGCCGAUAAGGACUCGAUUCCCCCACAGAACAAUUACACCAACAGCGGUCAGCAGCAGUUUAAUCAAAUGUUGCAAGUAUCAGCGUCUGCUGUUCAGCAACAGGCGAACGAAACAUCUACAAUGCCCAUUGUUAAUUUGACUCCCCGUAUGAUUUUGGGUGGCAAUUAUGCAAUCCACCAUCAAAAUCAGCACCACUUAAAUCCUAAUAGUCCUCAAAUUUCACCGAAAUUGCAACAGCAGUUGUCAAAUGCACGGAUUCAGCAGAUAAAGUGGCCAUCUGGACCAAAUCAAACACCCCAUGCUACAAAAUUAUUUGGUCGUCCCAUACUAAAAGGAAAUCUUAAUUCUGUUCCGCAACAAUCACAUGGACCGCAUGGCGCAUUUGUAUCAAGCGCAGAACUGCAGCAAAUGCAUUCGCAUCCACAACGACUUAAGUCAAUGCAAAUUGAAGGCAUUCACGAAAAUAUUCACAGCAAUACUGUUCCUUCUAGUGCUAGUGGUGGUAAUAGUGUGCAUACGACACUGCCUCCUCCACAAAAUUUCCCAUACAUGACUCAAAUACAGCACAUUCAUUACCUUCAACAACAAAAAAUGCAUCAGCUCCAACAACAACAACAACAGGACUCCAGGCAUAGAUUGCAUGGGGAAUUGCAGCAGCAGCAGCAAACAAGUGCAGUCACCUUGCAACACCAGCACCCAUCUGGACCUAUUGCAGAAGGUAUCUCAGUAGGUCAUGACAACACUGACUUAUCGAAUGCAAUUAAAACUAACAACCUCGCUAACAUGAGCUAUCAUAAGGAUGAGCACUUGCCACUAGCUUCAAAUCAAUUGGCUCAGUGGUUCUCUCCAGAAUUGCUUGCAAAAGCAUCAGCAGGAAAACUACCGCUCUUGAAUAUGAAUCAAGCACUAAGUUUAGAAGAAUUCGAGCGUAGCAUUCAACAUUCCUCAUCUACAGUGCACUCUUGAAUAAACAUGCGUAUUGACUAUGAGAGUUACUUAAAAUUCUUUGAAAUAAAUUAUAAUUAUCAUAAGAUGCUGUACCAA